AUGGAUCGCAUUCCAAAUGAAAUCCGAAUGGGGAUCAUCCGUCACCUGCGCGGUGAAAGCGACCGAGAGGCCCUGGUAGCCGCUUACCCAGCCUGGAAGAAGAUCGUCGAGCGUGACGACAAACUCCGGAUCCUGACGAUAGACGAGAGAAAACGACACGGCAUGCCUAUUGAGGACUCCCUCGCCUUGUUCGAGAGCACCGGGAUUCGGCGGCGGCAGUUCCUCGAAGUAGUCAGGGUGGAAAGCUUUGUUGUCUGUCCUGAAUACCACGGGGCCUGCUGUUGCGUCACCGCUGACGCCCACUUGCAGCGUGAUGAAUUCAAUAAGUACGUGAGAAAACUCUUCGAAGGGCUUCACGAGAUCACAAAGAGGUCCGUCGAGACUGGUCUCAAGAUCCCUCCAUUCAACCUGUUCAUUCGGGCUCGCGACGACGAUUUGGAGGGCUGGACGCAUUGCUCCGGUAACCACACAGACGAAGAAGCCCAGAGGGCGCUUGCACGUGCGCGGAAGAGGGCGUUGGACUACGAAGUUUAUGAUGCCGUCCUUCCGGACUUCAAAGUCGGCGUGGACGAGGUCCACUUUGAAGCCCGUCGCCGCGUUCAUGAGGCCGACUUUUUUGCAGUCAAACGUUUGACAGAAAGGCUGGUCGGCCUGCGGCUGGUGCGUUUCGACUUCGCAGAGUCGCCGUUCUUGACCUGGGAGGAGCAGGGUGGCUGGAGAACCGAUAUCGUUUCUCACGUUGAGAUGCUCGACUACAGGUUACCCAUCGAAGAGAUUCACGUCCACAUGGGCUGCCGGUCUAUACGCAACGAGCUCAAGGUCUCCCAGCCGACAAGAACACUCCUGUCGGACCUUUCCGAGUUAUUGUUCGAGUCCCUGGCAAAGUUCCCCUCGCUUACCGUCCUCCGAUUGUCCGGACAGUUUUCCGUCGGCUCCUCCUUCUUCCAUCUCAUACCCAGCAACCCCUUCCCCGCCCUCAUCACCUUCUACCUAGGUAUCGGGCCCGACACCAACUCCAGCUCCUGGUUCUUCGUCAAGGACAACAGCAAGCACGCCUGGGACAAGGCUGCGAGUGAUCCGGCGUGGACGCAGUCCGUCGAGCUCACCAGAGCUGGCAUCCACGCGCAGGACCCGCUGCCGGGGCCGGAGGACGAAGAGAAAUACGAGGAAUACAAGGAGACUGCGCUUGCCAAGGAGAUCGUCAAACGCAACCGGACCCUCCCUCACGACGGGACGCUGAUCCCGUUGCUGCUGGGGGCGGCCCGGGCGGCGGAGCAGAUGCCCAAAAUCGAGAAAUUCUCGAUCUGCUUGGAGGACGACUUCUCCGGGGACGACACCCCGCACCCGUUUGUGCCGCCCUUCCUCACGCGCGUCUUCGAGAUGCACUUCACGAGGGCGCCAGCCGGCGACGCCAACCCCACGCUCACCUGGAAGCUGGGUCAGAAGGUUGACCACUGGCGCCCGACGGACAUCGUCUUGGAUGCGUGGAGGGCUGCGGCGAGGAUGCGGGCGGGGAUGGAGCUGGAGAUCUCCUACAUCGAGUAG